CUUUUUCUUUUUCCUUUUACUUUUCCAUAUUCAAAUCCCAAUCUUUCGAUUUCUACGAACCCUCUUCAUCUUCUUUCUUUCUUCUUCUCUUACCUUCUUUGAAGUUCUCGUCUUUACUUGUUUAGUAGUCCUUUUGUUGGGUUCUUUUUCUUUGCAACAAAACCAAAGGGGUGCAGGAGCUGCAGGAGAAGAAAACAAGAACCCAGAGCUGAAUUUUCAACUUUUUGGUGCGUAUGGGUUUAGGGUUUAAGAGGGUUUUGCCAGGUGUGGAUGGAAACUGGAGAAUAGAGGGAUAAUUGAUUCAUCCAAAUUCUCCAUUUACGUUUCUGCGAACCAAAGUUGUAUUUUUUAAGGAGCUCUUGGUAUUUAGUCUUUAGAAAGUUCAAAUUUUCUGGGUUUUCAAUCAUGAAUGUAUAGUGAUGCAACCUUGAGAGUACGGGCAUUUUAGAUCCUCAACAACUGAUGCAUUUUGCUUUGAAGUUUGACAAUCACAGCAAUUAAGCUUUGAACCCUUGAUCUAAAGUAGUUCGGGAAAAAAGGAAAAAAAUGAAGAAAUGGACUGGAGGUGUAUUGAUUGGAUCCAUGUUUAUGCUACUGGUACUAAGAUAUGGUCUGAUGAAAAAUCCUUUCGGGGAAAGUUUACUUCAAGUUGCUAUCAUUUUCAAUGCAACUGAUCCUCAAAAUCAGAUUCAAUCUAGUGUGCCUCCAGAAGCUCAAGACCCCAAAGCAGAUAAUGAUCAAGUAGUUCCUGCGGAAACAUUUGUGUCUAGUCUCUUUUGCAAGGGGAAUUUCUCUAGUGAACUGAAUAGUUCUUUGUUGACAUGGAAUCAGAUGAAGCAUCUAAUCAAUUAUACUCAGGGUUUACCUAAUGCUUUAGAGGCUGUUAAAGAAGCUCAAGUUGCAUGGGAAAGCCUAGUGAAAUCCCUCAUAGAGCAGCAACAUGCAGAUGCUAAUGAAAGUACACUUACUAAAGUGAAGGAGAAACAAUGUCCAUAUUUCCUGAACAAAAUGAAUGAUGCAGAAUUUGGGGACAGUGGUUACCAACUGCAAGUUCCUUGUGGCCUUAUUCAGGGUUCUGCAAUCACCAUAAUUGGCAUUCCAAAUGGCCUUAUGGGAAACUUCCGCAUUGAUUUAACAGGGGAACCAACCUCCGGAGAGCCAGAUCCUCCCAUUGUUUUGCAUUACAAUGUCCGCCUCCAAGGUGACAAAAUUACAGAGGAUCCUGUGAUUGUCCAGAACACUUGGACUGCAGCUCAUGAUUGGGGUGAAGAGGAGCGGUGUCCCUCUCUGGAACAAGGAAGCAAUAAGAAAGUGGAUGAUUUGAAACGUUGCAGUGAUAAGGUGGGAAACGAUGGUAGGCAGAAGUUUAGAACAGAUGAAUCUUCUCAGAUUUAUCUAUGGUCAUCAAGGGCACAAAAUAGAUCUGGAAACAAGUGGUUUCCAUUUAAGCAACGGCACCUGUCAGUGAUGACUCUUCGGGUGGGAGAAGAAGGCUUCCAGAUGACAGUUGAUGGAAAGCAUAUAACUUCAUUUGCUUACCGUGAAGGCUUGGAGCCAUGGCUUGUAAAUAAAGUGAUGAUUUCUGGAGACAUAAAGUUAAUUUCUGUCCUUGCCAGUGGCUUACCCACAUCUGAGGACUUGGAGCACAUUGUUGAUUUGGACUUGCUGAGGUCUGCUCCUAUCCCACCAAAACAGCCAUUAGACCUCUUUGUUGGUGUCUUUUCUACAGCAAACAAUUUCAAGCGUAGGAUGGCUGUUCGAAGGACAUGGAUGCAGUAUCCAUCAAUAAAGGAAGGAGCAACUGCAGUGCGCUUCUUUGUUGGUCUACAUAAAAACCAAAUUGUAAAUGAGGAACUGUGGAGUGAGGUAGAGACAUAUGGAGACAUUCAGCUGAUGCCAUUUGUUGACUAUUACAGUGUUAUUACUUGGAAGACUCUGGCAAUCUGCAUAUUUGGGACAGAGGUGGUUUCAGCCAAGUAUGUCAUGAAGACAGAUGAUGAUGCAUUUGUUCGUGUAGAUGAAGUGCUAGCUUCAAUAAACAGAGCAAAUGUGACCAAUGGAUUGUUGUAUGGUCUCAUCAACUCUGAUGCUCGUCCUCAUCGAAAUCAUGACAGCAAAUGGUAUAUAAGCCCUGAGGAAUGGCCUGAACCAAGUUACCCUCCCUGGGCACAUGGUCCUGGUUAUGUAUUGUCCAAUGACAUCGCAAAGGCAGUCUACACAAGGCACAAAGAAGGUCGUUUAAGGAUGUUUAAGCUAGAGGAUGUGGCAAUGGGGAUCUGGAUAGCGGAGAUGAAGAAGGAAGGUUUACAGGUGAGUUACAAAAACGAACAACGCAUUUAUAAUGAAGGAUGCAAGGAUGGAUAUGUUGUUGCUCACUACCAAAGCCCUAGACAAAUGCUGUGUCUAUGGCAGAAGUUGCAAGAGGAGAAAGUUGCCCAGUGCUGUGCAGAUCGAUGAGCUAAUAGUACAUAGUAGUGCAAGACAUUACUCUCUUGAUACAUAAACGAUUAAUAGAAAGGAUUAAAAGAAAGUUAGAUUUUAGUUUUCUUCACACUACAGUUAGAUAGGGAACAAAUUUCUCAUUUUUGGCGUUAUUCUUGUGUAUGGUAGGUUUGGUUUGAGAGAAGUGGAGGUGAGUGGAGAGUGGAGAGGAGUGGUGAAUUUUUUAACUAAUCAAAUUAUAAUGUUUUUAAAUAUUAUAAUCUAAUUAAUAACAAAGUUCACCUGCUUUCUCUUUCUUCUAUUUCUCUCAACCUAAUCAUACUAUUAGUUUUUAACUCGGAGAAAACAUAUUUUUUACACGAGGACUUACAAUGAAUGAUAUUUCAUUGA